CUAACGACCAGCUAAUGCAAAAAGCAAAAAGCGGCUCGGUUGGCACUGUUAACAAGCGUCAGUGUCACGUCCAAAGAAGCGAUUUUUAUCAAUUUAUUCACUUGAAAAAUAUAAAACAGAUCAAACAACGCUCUUACACAACACUUCAAGCAGGAGGCAAGACGCCUCGUUUGUCACUUCCCGGUUUCAUCGGCCUUCGCUCCCCUGACGAAUAAACCCCGGACGUCAGGUGGAGAUGGAUGUUUACUUCACCGUGUAAUUGCAGCCUGUGAAUUUGUGGGACCCUGCUGCCAGAUGACCAGUAGACCUCACUGCUCAACAUGAAACCUGUCAGCUAUCAAAGCAUGCCGUCGUCUGUGAACGGCGGGCAUCAGAGUUUGGUCUUGGAUCGUGUGUUAAGCACUUCAAAUGUGAUGUAUUGUGAGAAAUGUGGAUUUGCAUCUACAGACGCUGCAGUGUUCAAUAAGCAUAUGAUCGAGCACACGGGGACAAGGUUUUACUGCUUUUACUGCAACAAUGUCUCAUUCAGCGAGGCGGAGUUAAAUGCACACCUGAAGCAACACACUGCAAAGUAUCCAUUCAAAUGUCCUCACUGUGGACAGGGCUAUAUGAGGAGGCUGUGCCUUGUGAAGCACAUUGAGCGUCUGCAUAGUAAAAGCAUCAGUCAAGGACCUGCUAAACCUGGCAUGACUAAACUUUCUCAUGUGCCUGUCAACAGUGCCUUACCAAGUGUGCCCACUGCUGAUCUAUCAUCACUUCGACCGGUUGUUCGGGUGACGGUACCCACCCCGAGUGCACCUGCAGUCAGACUGAGUAAGGACGAACAGAGAGGGAAAACACUGGACACAAAUGUUUCACAUGCCCCUAAUGGAAAUACAGAACGUCUUUCCCCUUUGAAUGGACUCAUUCAGCACAACAGGGCUCUAACGGUUUCUCUUCCAGAGGAAAUAACAAUCCCUGCUGGUUGCUUGGUUGAACUUGUUGAGGUGAAAACUGUUAACGGGACAAAGGAGCUCAAACUGAGGCUCGUCUCUCAACAAGAGAACGAGUCUGUGAUAAAAGACUCAAGGACCGCAGUCUCUCAAAACACUGCACUGGGAAAGCCAUUAUCACCCACACUAAAUCAUCCGAACACAGUGAAGUCUGUGAGUAUGGGGAUGUGCACAGUUAACAGGAAACAUUGUGAAACAAAGACGGUGAACAUGGAGUGUCCUGCUGUUGUCCCAAUCAGUGUUUCCAAAAACCUCCCAAACCAAAUAAGCAAAGAAAAGAGUGGAUUCAAAAGAACAUCACAAGAAAUAAUCAACUUGGAGUGUAACACAGUCAUUCCAAACAAGAUUCCUAAAAGUAUCCUCAAUCCUGUAAGAGAGGGAAAUAGUGGGAUCAGAGUUACACAAAGAGAACCUGUAAAUCUGAGCAUCACUAAUCCCACUAUCUCCACCAGUGUUGCCAACAGGUUGACUAGCACCCUGCUUCUAGACAGCAUGAGAGCAAGUGUUUCUCAGAGAGCUGUGGAGGAGAGGAAGAUUUUAAUUCCAGCGCAUUCCAAGAGUAUCCCAGCCCAGAGAGCGAGUGAUUCAAAAAGCAUUCCUCGAGAUGUGUCUGCAGCCGUGAAGCUGGAACCAGGGGAGAUCUGCCACAGGAACAACGCUGCUUCAAAAAUAAUGAAAGAGGCACUGGGUUUGAACCAGCAAAGUCUGAAAUCAGCCUCUCUCUCCUUGAGUGUUCCCAUACCUGCAGCUGCCCAAAUGAGACCUCUAGCGAUUUUGGCCUGUAAGGAUAAUGCUGUUGCAAAUCAGUCUUUUCCAGCAGCAAACAGGACUCUAAAUGAGCCCUCGUCAGUCAAAACCCCUGUACUUUCUAAUCCGUCCAAUUCAAAGAUCUCAGCUUGGACCCGGGAAGCCAGAUCAAAUGAGAGAGCAGGAGAAGGGGACAUGCCUGAACCUGAGGGGUUUCCAGUCAUUUCCUCAGUGUUUUCAUUGAGUCAACAACCAGAGGAGGGCCAAGGCUCCAUUCAGCCACUGGUAAUGGCUCUGCGUGGCAUAGUGAUGAAUAAAAGUAACAGUUCUGCCAGCGCACCUCAAGAUCACAUUAAGAUUACAAAUGGCACAGAGCAGGUGAAGGAGGUGCUACCAUCGAGGUACUGUGCUCAGAUGGCCAAACAAGAUGGAUCCUUCACCUGCGACCCUUUAUUGACAGAGCGGACCAGUGACUCUGUAAAAGUAGAAGAGCGUAAUAAGGGAAUCCAGCACUCAUCUGCACUGAUCAACAACCACAUCCAGGUCAAGGAGGAAAAGAAUCGCGCUAUGUCAAUGGAUAAUAUUGAAUGUAGUCAAACUCCUGCUUCAGAGUCUUCAGCAGAUCAGGGGUCUGUUUCUAAAAUUGCUACACACAUAGACACAUCUGUGGCUGCAGAUCCUCUACAGCAAAUGGCAAAAAGUGAGCACGACAUCUCAUCAAAGUUCCUCACCGUCUCCCUGAAAAGGGUACAAGUAGGCGUGUGGAAAAAGAACAAGAAAGGAUUGAAACUUAGAAUAUCUAAAUAUAAGACUCAUUUACCCGUGGGCAGUGUGACUGAUUGCACGGUUAUUUACCCGAUGCCGCUGAAGGUGGACCAGCUGGUGAAACGGCCAGGCCCGUACCAGCCUGUAGUGGUACUCAAUCACCCAAAGCCCCGGGCCCCCGUACAGGGAGCGAGAGCAGACACUGUUGCUGACACAGGAGCCUCCGAGGUGGUUCCAAAAUGCCAAAUCUUAAAAAUGAGGCUGAGCAAAGUGAUGGGGCAGAAAUAUGAGGUGAUGGGAUGCACUGUUAGAGUCUGCCCAUGAAUUUAUCGGACAAUGUGUCAAUGGACAGAAGUGUACAUUUAUGAGGAGAUAACUAGUAUUACAAUGGGAUGAUGCUGACGUCAAAAACUGACAGAAUGUUGAGGCAAUUAUUUUCUUUACGAUUUAUCACAGAACAUUAAGUUGUAUGUUUGUCUAUAUAGACAUGGGAUAUGGAUUAUUCAAGUGCAAUGCAGUUUUGACUGCUUUGGGUCAUGGAAUAUGGACCAUCUACUGUAGUAGAUUGCAGUCAGUAAUACACAGAUGUUAAGAACUGUUUCAGAAGUUUGAGAAAGCAGUAGAUCUGUCAGAGUUAAAGCAUUAACGCAUGCUGUUUAUUUAAAAGGAUAACGUCUAUAUUUAUUUUUUGUUUGCAUCAUGUUUCAUGGUUCAUCAAGAUGCAACCACAAGAAGCUGCAGUACAUGCAGCACACCUGAAUUUAUCAGAGAUAUUCAGAUUAAAAACUCUGCCAUUUAAGAAAUAAACAAAUGGAUUUAGCCAAUUUUCAUGAUGGAAAAAUCAUUGGGUGGCAUUAAGUAAUGAUGAAAUGUUUGUGAUGUUUCUGUGAUAUCUUGUGGGCAAAGUAUCAUAAGGAACACACAAAAAUAUACACUAAUUAAGCUUUUAUUCAAGUAUUAACCCCCAUUUUUCUGUUUUUAAUUUUCAUGUUAACACAACAGUCCAAGGCAAGGAAAACAAAAACUCCCUUUACAGUCAUAUAUCAGCAUAAGAUAACAUAUACAGAUAUGGAGCACUUACAAGCCUGUAAUUUUUUUUUCUUCCUCUUUGACAUCAUUGCCCCUGUUUCUUCAUUUGACACUAAAAGCUAUGUCCCAAUUCAAGAGCUGAACCCAAAAAGUCAGCAUCUAAAUGAUGAUAACCUUGUAACUGGUCAACAACUGGGGGCACAUUGUUCCAUUUCAAAGGCUUUUCCAACUUUGGUCCAAGAAACGUGGCUUUCUUAGAGAUCACAGUCAGUGUUUUGUGUGCAGCACUCAGUACACUUGUAUAGAUGCCCCUCAUGGUCACUUGUUGGGUGGUGCAUUCAGGCACUCUUUGCAAACUCUUUUAUUUGUUAAGUAUUAGCAAUCAUGUCGUAUUUUUCAGAUGGUCAUCAAUCAGUGGUAAAAUCCAUCAAAUGACCAAUUAAGAAGCCACUGCAAGGCAUAAAUAAUGAAAGCUAAGCAUAAACACCACUGUUUGUUCUCGUUGUGAUAUUGAGUGCCAGAGAUGGAAGUUUGCCAGUUGACCAGCAUGUGUUGUGUGAAGUGAAAUGUCACAGUUUUACUGUAAGUUUGGGUAUUAAUGGAAUAUCCCCCCGUUUCCCACCAGUAGUUUUCUGGCCAUUCCUGAUGAUAAACUUGAAUGUUUUUGACUUUACCACUAGGCUUGGAGUGCCUGGAUGCACCAAAGCAAGAGCCUUUAAGUCCCAAGUACAGCUGGAUGAGAGAGGUGAGCUUGUUAAUGGCUACUUUCUACUUAAAACUGCCAGAAGGCUUAAAGGGCAAAAGUAAAGUCUUAAAGAAUCAUUGUGAUUUUUUACAAAUUUAAUUGUUCUGUCCAGUGUUAACCUGUCCUAUUCUUUGUGCAGUACUGUUUGCUUUUUAGCCACAUUUCAGAAAAAAACGUCAGCAGAAAUGGAGCAACCAAAACUGGUUUAUUACUGUAACAGAAAGAAAGCCAUGUACUUUUUUUUUUUAACAUUUUUAUUUCAUUUCAUUUUACCGCCAUGUAGAUAUUUAGCGGCUGUGGUGAUUCCUGGGCUCUCAAAACCUGUUGUACAUUUUUCAAAAACCGUCCAUAGGAUAUAAGCAAUCUUUUAUCCUGAUCUGCAGAUCUGUUUCUCUUCUCAACAGCAGCAUUAAGACACCUGUGUGUUCAAGUUUAUAAUGUAAUCAUAAUGUAUGAGGUGCUAGACCUAUGAUUAAAUUUAUAGGUUUUGGUUGCCCACAGUUUUUAUUGUGUAUAUACUUUUUUGUCACCCACAGAUUUUAUUGUGUAUAUACAUAUGAAUAUAAAACGUGAUGACUGGUGUUCAUACUCGGUAGGGAAUGGCAAACAUUCCACUGCCUCUUCUGCAGCAGCAGUUAUGUUGUGCUUUAAUUUUCUUACAUUGCAGUGUCUGAAGCUGCUGCAGUCUUUGUUAUAUAUAAUUAUUAGAUUUUUUUGUUUUGUUUUUUUACUUUGCCUCUCUUUCACUCCUCCUUUGUGUGAGACUUACUCAUGUUCCAGUUAAAACAGUUUUUGGUUUUACUACAUUCACAGUGUUUGUCAUCAUCGUGUCCCCAUGCUUUUAUAAAAAACAAUUGUGUAGCACCUCCUUUUUCUAUUAAAACAAAGUAAAUAUGAUCACAAUUUA